ACGAAUUUGAGAGCUGUUUUGAGAGUCGUGUAUUCGCCGAAUAGGCUCCUUGCUGUGGUCGAUGCUUGUCGUGUAUAACAUGCUACGGCAGAAUUUCGCCAAUUUUCCCCAUCAAAAUGGGCAAAAAACCCAGUAAAUUAAAGCCCGAAGUUAUCCAAGAGCUGGUUAAUAAAACAUAUUGUGAGUAUAUAACUACAGCUUGCCUAAAAAUACUCUUGUAUGUUGGCGUAUAAUUAAUAACGUGUCAGCCAUUUAUUAUUUAGUAGAGAAAUGCAAUAAACCUACUUUAUAUAACUCCAUUUUGCUGUUUUAGUUACCGAAAAAGAGCUACAGCGUUGGUGAGUAUCGCAUGAAUCGAUUAGGCUAAAAUUUCCAGUAUUUCUGCAUGCAAAUCUCGGCUAAAUUCGGCUGAUAAAUAGCGGAUAAGCAAGAUUAAGCAGAGCGAAUACAACCUGUAACAGCUUGUUGCCAAGCGCAAUAUAAUUCACGGCUUGAAGUGGCAGGCAAAUCCAAUUGAAUAAAUUUGUUUUGGAUAGCUAUACUCCUAUACUAUAGUAAUAUUCCUGCAAUGUAAAGCAAUAUUAAGGGGGUGUAUAUCAAAUUUCCGCAAUUCGACAAUAUGUUCUAUUGUUUAGCUUUUGGCUAAAUGAAUUAGUUUGGUCAAACAGAAUAUAAUGUGUACGUUAUUGACAUAUUGUCUAACAGUAAAUUGACGUGCUUACUAACUAUUAUACAGCACGAAUUCCGGUCCAUUUGUUAGCACGGAGACAGUUAUAGCUGUCCUCGAAUUCGACAGCCGCUUCCCUAUUCCAGAGUUCACACGGCAACUGAAUCGUGCAAAUUUGUGAACCGGAUCUGUGUAUGAUUACUGUGACUAUAGCCUGUCAAAAUAUUGGGCUUCCCUUGGAAAAAUUCUGACCAGUACAAACAUAUGCGGCAUUAUUUUUUAUUUUUUGUAAUGGCAAUUUUAUAUCUUUGUAUGUUUUAAAUGUUCUAGAUUCGUUCGUGGUUAAGUAGAGUCGUUAUGUGCCAAAUGGUUAUUUAAUGAAUCACCAAAGCACGUUAGAAUAGCCGAAUUCAUAUUACGGGGACGGGAAACCGAGUCGUCUUAGACGGAAAACUCGUCUGUCAAAACCCGUCUGAAUAUGAAUUUAGGGACGGAUAAAUUCGAAUUUAAGACGAGUUUUCCGUCCAGAUGGGGUUCCCGAAGUUAGACGGGAAAGUUCGGACGGGAAACUUGUCUGCCCCCGGAUUCGGGAUUCAUAUUAAACGAGUUUCCCGUCUCUAAUAUGAAUUCGGCUAUUAGCCCCCAAAAUGCUGAAUGAAUAGCACUUUAUGAAUAACACUAGAAUUUAACAUUUUCCCCGGGGGAGCGUAUCCCCGGCCCCCCUAAACGUUCAUUGUGCUAUAUAUUAGGCAUGGCUACCGUGGGAAAUACAUUUUCACAUAAUAAACAAAGUAACAAACUUUAUUCGAACUAGUGCAGGGGCGGCCCUCCUGGGAUUUUUCCGCCCCCAUUGACUAGACUGAAUCUUGCAUGGCCACUCAGUAUAUAGACAGAUUCAUUCCUUUCCUUCCGAAAUUAGUUUUAGAAAGUAUAAAUAUAUCGGUCAUCUGAUUUACUCGAGAAUCUAAGUUGGAAACCUGUCGAACUGAAAAACGAAACUACCUUAGGCCACAUAAAAAUAAAUUCCUUGAUUCUCAUCACCGCCCGACUGUAUUUUAAGAGCCGCGUGAAAUUUUUUUAUAUUUUGUUAUACAAUAUAAAUGUACCGCCCGACAAAAUAUUUCAAGACAGUUAAGUUUUUUAUAUUUAAAAUUGGGUUUUUAUUGCCAUUUUAAACGGCCAAUUUCAAACAAAUAGAACAUUGAAAGAAAUUUCAUUGCAUUUUAACGGAACUUCGUAUGUUUAUUUCGGUUUGUGGUACUUUACUUUGGAAAUCACAGAAAUAUUAAAUGUUAGGAAUUAUUUUUUUAUUUAUUGAUGAUAAAUUAUAUAAAUAUAAAAUAUAAACCUCCCGGCUCUUCGACAUUUUCAAAGUGUAGUGAUGAGAAUCAAGGAAUUUAUUUUAUGUGGCCUUAACUCUAUUUUCAUCCAUCCGACCACACCGCACCCAAUCUUAAAGAAGCAUUUCAAUCUAAUAAUGAAGGACAUAAUAGUGAUAAUACAUACAAUCUCAGAAAUAUGGAAACUGAUUUAGCACCACCUAUAUAUGCCGAUUCGGCAAGAGGUGCUUCGGUUAUAACGGUGCCUUGCAUUGGAAUAAUCUUCCCCAUGAGGCAAAAAUUGCUGGAUCGGCUUAAGCUCUUUCAAAUCGAUAUUAAAACAAAGAAUGAGUUGAAACUUGCUCGUGUAUGAUCGUGCAUUAAUUUUUUAAAUCAUCGUAUUUUCUUGUUCCCUUUCCUGCAAUCUGGUCUUAUUUUAUAUUUUUUCAUAUUUUUAUUUAUUUUUUGUAAAUAGUUAAUUCUAUAUUUCACGCCCCUCAUGGAAAUCAGCCUUGAGGCCAGCGUGGUUAAAUAAACGAGUUUGCACUAUAUGUGUGUAUUGAUGUAUAUUCUCUUUGAGAAAUUAAAUCUUAAAAAUACCAGAGUUUGUGCUAGAUUUAGCAAACAAGCCCGACUAGUACUGUAUAGUAGCCUCGUUUUUGGUACAUUUUGCAAAUUUAUUGUUUUUAAAUAAUUUUAAAAUUUUUACACCGUGCCUUGAAUCUUGAAUAGCCGUCUCUGACUACUAUUGUCUAGUAUUGAACAGGAGACUCUGUUGAACAAUUAGCCUUUCUCGCGCCGCCAUUUUUUGGGGUACUGCCUUUUCCAAAUCUGAGAUUGUAUACGCAGUGACUAAGGGAUUUGUAUAACUCAAUUGUGAGUAUAAUAAUUAUAAGUUAAUUUACAGUUAAAUAUUUGAAAAAAUGUUUUCAUAUCGCUAAAAGACUUUUCACGUCUUUUUUAAAAAAGUACCCCAAAAAUGGCGAAUUUGGCCUUGAGAUUAGGCUAGUUGGUUAUUAUACCUCGAUAGGAGGACAUAAAAUAUAAAAUAAUGCAAACGACAGGUGGUAUAGCUAGUUUUGGAAUCGCUCAACCGUACCUCUCCACAAAAUGCAUUCAGGGGAAAUUUUUUUAUAAACCAAGGAAGAAUCAUCGAUCACGUUUUACUCCUACUCGCAAGAGAAUUGCUGCCUCGGAGUCGUUGUAUAAACCAAUGUAGCCCCUAGAGAGUACGUGGCAUCCUGACCCAUCCUAUACGAGUAUACGUUUAUUUAAUAUAGAUGCAAAAAUGUGCAGAUUUUAAGUAACUGUAAUUUUCCUAUAUUCUAUAAUUCUAUCACUAAGGAUGCAUGUAAACAACGUUAUAGACACAUUUUUCUACUGCCAUAUUGGGGUUUAAUUCUUUGGUGAAGAAGCUUUCUAUCAACAUUUUUAUUUCAUCCAACAGGCACAAAGGUUUCCUAAAGGACUGUCCUAAUGGUAAUUUGAACCAAGAGGUACAUUUUGGGCGAUGUUUAAAUGUUGUGCUUAUCACAUGCCGAACCAAAAUCGUUGCAGAUUUUUCAUAUCUUGCUUGAUUCUUGAAAUAUUUUGAUUGAAAGCAAUGAAAUGUCCGCCAUCUUGGAUUAUUGAAGAAAUAUACAGCAUAUUACGUCACAAGUAGCGUCACGCAAGAUUUGUCUGUUUGAAAGCCAAUGAUCUAUAUGAACCCGAAACUCGUCGUUGGUUGCUAUUUCAAAUUUGGAAUUGAAUUAAGCAACUUUUGAUUGUUACUCCCCAACUCCUGAUGUCAUCAAAAUGAAAGUUAACGAGGUUAAAGAAUUAAUCCAAGAUGGCGGAUAGCUGACUCAUUGCUUUCAGUCAAAGUAUUUCAAGAGUAAAUCUUGAUAUGAAAAGGCUGUAAACAAGAUUUUAUAGAUAAUUAACGUUCUUUCAAAUGAGAUAAUAAAAAAUUUGUUGCCAGGCCAUUGUGGUCCCAGUUACUUUAAACAGUCAUAAUAUUGGUUUUACUAGAGCAAUUUUCAUAUAGUGUCAAUAUUUUCCUCUUAGAUUGUAUUUGCGAUGGGUAGAACAAAAUUAAAUUAUUAAUAGCUCUCAAAUUAAUCUAUUUUUCCAAGAAAAAGAAUUAGCAUUAUUUUCUCACUCUGCAUGGUAACAACUGCAGGAUGACUAGCAUCUUCUGCAAGGGUCAUCCUAUUAUAAGGCCUCCCAUGCAUUAGAAUGGCUGGCAGUCCUAAAAUUGAGUUUUUGUGCUUUAUAUAAGAAUUAGUGUAGAUAUAAAAUAAGAAUUCAUAUACAAGGAUUUGGCAAAAACAAAAACAAAUUUCACUCUAUAAAAAUGCAGGAAAUGACCAUUCUUGCCGUAUUCUAUAAAAUUGAAAGUUUUCCUAGAAAUUAUGCUUCCUGAUCCCCAUAGCUAUUCAUGCAGGCAUGCAAUACGUCGCGAGCUUCUUGCAGCUUCGUACAAUGGAUGAUUCCUGACCAGCUGUAGAUUAAAUUUGAUCAAAGCAAGAGGAACAAAAUCCAUCACCACAGCUAGAAAGAGCAUGUUAAAAUUAGUAAAAUUGCAAAGUUUGGUUGCAAAAUGUUGUAAAAUGAGGAAAAUAUAGCCCUACGUACAAAAUUUGCAAAUUUUGUAUUAAAAUUUGUAUUACGCACGGGAAAAUGCGCCACAUUUAGGUCGAUAGUGGUGCAUUUUCCCUAGCGUAUACGGCAAUAGACAAUUCCCAUUAUAGACUAAUUUUAAAACUUGGCAAGGAGACUCAAAUAAAUCACCACAGCUAGAAAGAGCAUACUAAAAUGAGUAAAAUUGCAAAGUUUGGUUGCGAAAUGUUGUAAAAUGUGGAAAAUAUAGCCUUGCAAAUUAAGUUCGCAAAUUUUGUAUACUUUUGUAUUGCGUGCGGAAAUUCCUACCACAUUCCUACCACAUUUAGGCCGAAAAUGGCCGCACGCAAUACAAAAGUAUACAAAAUUUGCGAACUUUGCAAGGCUAUAUUUCCCGCAUUUUAUAACAUUUCGCAACCAAACUUUGCAAUUUUACUCAUUUUAGUAUGCUCUUUCCAGCUGUGGUGAUUUAUUUGCAUCUCCUUGCCUAGUUUUAAAAUUAGUCUAUAAUGGGAAUUGUCUAUUAAUACCAAAAUUUGCAAAUUUCGCAGGGCUAUAUUUUCCGCAUUUUACAACAUUUCGCAACCAUAAACUUUGCAAUUUUACUAAUUUAGUAAUUUUAACAUGCUCUUUCUAGCUGUGGUGAUGGAUUUUGUUCUUCUUGCCUAGAUCAAAAUUUAGUCAAAAGCUGGAAUUGCCUAUAUUGUCUCACUGUCUAUCCUCCUUGUUGAAAUGGGCAGUUUGGAUCAGACGCCUGAUCUGCUGCAUAUAUACAUGAUAAUGCUUGGUGAUUAGUAAAAGCCCGCUUAUAAAACUACAUUGUCAUGCAUUAAUUUAUUGAACAUGGAGCACUGUAUCCUCAAUGCCUCCUGAUCAUCAUUUAUUAACGAUAUUUACAAAACAUUAAAUACAACUGUGUUUUCAAACAAUUGUCACUGGGAUAUUUUGACUAGAACAUUCUAGUAUUAAUUCUAUAAAUGUACAAUUUUAUUUUUAACAGGAAUUUGCAGGCAUAUAUAAACAGUUCUUCCCGUACGGCGAUCCUUCGGAAUUUGCCGCAUUCGUUUUCAAUGUUUUCGACGAGAACAAGGUAUUAUGAUUUUUCACAAUAAGCAAUUAGUCCUAGUGCAUGCAUGUGUCAGUGAUUUUUACAACGGGUGACUAAGAGGCGUUAUGGGUGUUUUGAAAUUAGCCUAGACCGCAGCGUUCCAGAGGUUUCCAGAGUUUCAGCCAUAAUGGGUGAUUAGACUAAGGCAAGCAGAACGAAAUCCAACACCACAGCUAGAAAGAGCGUCUUAUAGAAUGAGUAAAACUGCGAUGAUUGCAUGUUGCAGAAUGUUGUAAAAUGAAGAGAAAAUAGCCCUGUGAAGUUCGCAAAUUUUGCCGUACUACAUUUGUAUUAUACGCGCGGUAAAAAUAACCACUUUCGACUCAAAAAUGGUUAUUUUCCCCGUGCGUAAAGCAAAUAGGCUACAUACAAAAUUUACCGGAACUUCACAUUACUACAUUUUCCCCAGUUUACAACAAUUCGCAACCAAACUUUGCAAUUUUACUCAUCUUAAGAUGCUCUUGCCAGCUAUGGUAAUGGGUCUCGUUCUUCUUGUUUAUAGAUCAAAAUUUCGUCAAAAGCUGGAAUUAGCCAUUAAAGUCCGUUUUCCAUUAACGGAAUUGGAGGAGAGCUAUAGGACCGGUGUGUGCCUCCCCUGAGAUUUUUUCAUGCACCCUUGAGAAAGGUUAAGUAAUAGAUCAACGUGCAUGAACAUUUUCAAAGUGAAUUUUUUUGUGUUGCGUGGGACUACACUUUAUAUAUACUGUAUGAACGCGGUUUUUCUGUAAAAUUGGAAAACUAUUCAUUGCUGCGUCAUGUACUAGCUACCCUGUUAAUUUAACGGAAUGCUUCAAAAGAAACUUUGUUUUAUGAAGGGCAAAUUGGAUGAGUCGAACGGUCAUAAUUCAUGAAUACACUGAUACAUAUUGUACAGUACAGUUCAUCCAAAUUCGUCUGCUUCAUUCUUUAGAAACUUCAUAUAUAUUACAUGCCCAUUUUUCAUGCAAGCGAUUUCAAACGAUUACAUUUUAUAGUUAUAUAAGAACGCAUGCACAUUACAACCCGACUAUCAAACAAUUAUUGAGUUACUACGCAACAAAUGUGUCAGCUUCGUUCUUCAGAAAAUUCAUACAUUACAUGCAUGCCCCACUUUCCCAUUUAUCAAGCGAUUCCAACAAUAUGAGCAAUUACAUUUUAUUAUAUAAUAAUGCAUAUUGCCACCCAACUGGCUUAUAUCUCGGUUUUGGAAAACUUUACUAACAUUCCGGAAUUCUUUGAAGAAUUUGAUGCAUGGCACAAGGAUGAUGUGCAAAUGUGUCUGCUUCGUUCUUCGGAAAAUUCAAUUAUCUAGUACAUUACAUAAAGCGAUUCAAACAAUAUGAGCAAUUACAUAUUAUUUUUUUUAUAUAAGAAUACACAUUGGCUUUGCAACCCAACUUUUAAAGUUAAGUUACUAUGCAACAAAUGUGUCUGCUUCGUUCUUCAGAAAAUUCACAUAUUAUAUACAUGCCCACUUUCUCAUUUAUCACUAAGCGAUUCAAACAAUAUCAAACAAUUACAUUGUAUUAUAUAAGAACGCAGAUUGUAACUCGACUAUCAAAGAAAUAUAAGUUACUACGCAACAAACAUGUCUGCCUUGUUCUUCAAAAAAUUCAUAUAUUACCGACAUGCCCACAUUCACAUUUAUCAAGCGCUUCAAACAAUCAAAUUGACGUACAGUGGUACAGUGAUAGAUAUGUCAAGAUUUCUGUGCCAAUAAUAUGAUCGCUCAACAAUCGAAACAUAGAUGUUUUAACAUGCAAGUGCGCGCACAUUUUUAAUAUAAAACUAGAUUAGACGCGAAUCUCACAUGGCAAAGUAUGAACUACUAUGGCUUUAUUACGAUCCCUGGUAUAUCCCAGGCAAUUAUUCUUCAAAUAUAUAGUCUUAAAGAUUUCCACCGAACACAACUAUGCGUAUUAAGCGUGAUGGGGACAAUCAUGGUUUUAAUUUUCAGUUCAUCGAACCAUGUACUAUCUUGCGCCACCACGUGCACGUUUACGGACCGUGAAACCAGGUUCACGAUCGGUAAACUAAAUUCACCAUCCGUCACCUUCUGUGAGGUACAUGCACGAUCCCAUUCCGUGCAAUCCGAUAUGUGUCGUAACGUGGUAAAAGACUGCAUGCAUGGAGCUUACUGGGAGGGAUGUAUUUAGGUCUGGUGAUUAACCAAUCACGCAAGGCAUGUUUUAAUACCAUGGACUGGUGGGGCAUUUGCCCCACUGGGCCCCUUCCUCUGCCCCACCACUGAAGAAAAAAAAAUGGCCUAUUGUCCCAAAGCCAGGGCCCUAGGACCUGUAUUGAGUAAAUGAGUUUAAGAUUGAAAAGAAGUUUAAAAUGCAAAAUUUGUUGGUGAGCAUACUUAGACUUAUGUUGUAUUUGAAUGCUUAGCAUGCAAUUUAUUACAAAUUUCACUAUUGAGACUUUGUUUUGGAGACGCUGAGAUUUUGUAAAAAAUGUGUUCUCAGAAUGCAGAAAAUGCUAUUUCAGAGAUCCAAAUUUUAAAAAAUUAUUGGGGCGGGGCAUGCCCCUAGAUCCCCCUAGCUAACUCGUUCCUGCGGUACUUAGGUUCACAUCUUCGGCAAUCGCAUAUACUAUAUCCUGGGAGGAGGGCAAGGAAAAUGGGCCCUUUGGCUGUUUUGCCCCACCACUGAAGAAUCCUUAAAAAAUGCAUUGCAAUCACGUCGGGACGUAUACGUAUUCCAACUUUCGUUACACCAAUGUGAAUUGGGCCAUCACUGUUGCUAUAGUCUGUCGACAGUAUAGAGUACAGUAACGCUGUAUAUCCAGAGGGGCGCCGGAGCCACGGGGGCAGCGGGGGUAACUGCCCCCAUUGCCCAGACAGUGCGAGGGCAGCACGGGGGCAACAGGUUGCCCUUUUUGCCGGAACUGCACUUCGAAAUUUGAGCGUUGUUUACAGGAAUUGGAAUUUAGAACUAUUUGUAAGCAAUGUUUAAGCAAUCUUUGCUUAAUUUUUAACCAGUUGCAGUAAAAUUAACGAAAUCGAGCAAUAUACGUCUGUUUACUGCUUUUAUUUUGCAUCAUUAGCACGGUGCAAUAAAUAGAAUUUUUCAAAAUUAAUGUCAAAGUUUGCCGACCCAUAAUAGCCACAGGUAAUCGAGUAUCCAUCCAUACAGUAAAGUUUUAACAAAUAUUGCCGCCCAGAAAAAUGAUGGCUGAGAAACAAGUGAGUUGAAAUGGCUGCCCCCGCCGCUUCACAUUGUUUCCGACGCCCCUGUAUAUCCAAAAACUGUUUUAGAGAACGCACGAAAUGCAGUCUUAUAGGGUGGCAAAAUACAAACAUUUUCUGGGGAAAAUGAGAUAUUACAUACGACACCACACUUUGCCUUUUGUAACCUCAUAAACAACCAUAUGUCAUUAUUAUUAUUAUUACUAUUCCCUCACUUCCCAUUGGGGCUUUUCAUCAAGUAGUACGCUUACUUAUGUUACUUACUUAGCCUAGACUAUUUAUCUUUACAACAAUUAUGAUACUACUUUCCUAUAACUGUUUUUAUCCUAACCCACCCUGUCAACUUGCCCAGCGGGAGGAAAGCGGAGCGCCUGCAGGAAGAAACCCACGACUCUCGGCAGAGUCUUGACAGACUCUUUUCACAUGAGUCCGUUGCGAGAACCGAACCCACGAACUCAGAGGUCAAAGGCAUCUCUCCACACUCAGUAUAGUGGGGUCCUUUUCUGUAGAUGCCCCCCCCCAAUGACAAAUUCUUAAAAAAGGCCCUGAGAUAUUAGCAAAACUGAGCAACCAAUCGGGUUGCGCAAAGAGCACUGUCCUCUUCCCAAGUCUAUGCUAAUACUGUUUAUUCCAUGUUAUAUAUAGGAUGGAAGUAUUGAAUUUGAAGAAUUUAUUAGAGCAUUGUCAGUUACUUCGCGAGGGAGUCUUGAUGAGAAAUUACAGUGUAUGUUUUGGAAAUUAUUCCUCUUUGUUUAUAGACACAAUCCAUUAUCGAAAAAAAUAUUGGAGGGGCUUAACCGUUAGCCUGCGAACCCAGACGUUAUUUCCCACGCUCAGUCCUCGGCCGGAAGAUUUAGCGUGAGAAGUGACGUCUGGCUUCGCAGAAAACUCUAUAAAUACUGGAACGAUCACUCCAGCAAGCUGCUCCAUUUACUGUUCGGAGUACUCCAGAUUUUCGGAACACUAAUGGAAUAUGGAACAGAAAACAAUCACAUGACUGUUCUGAACUGUUCUGACUACCCCGAUUUUCGAGUAGGGGCAACCAGAACACGUGACACUGCCCAUUUUCACGUGAUUGGAAACGGAGGUGACUGAUUUUGUGUAUCCAAUGCACACUGCAUAGAUUGUUAGUUUGAAGGGUUAACCGCUAUAUAUAUCGACAUAUAUUUAUUAUAUGCUUUUUGAACGCCAGGGUUGGGCAAAAUCAACGAAUAAAAACGUUAAAAACGCAUACUUAGAUAUACAAAUAACAGCAGAUCAUCAUACGAUUUAUUAUGCGAAUAACUAAAUGAAUAUAUAGUAAUGCAUGGUUGCACGCAUACCGUAAAGUCUCGAAAGUAAGCGCCCUUCGAAACUAAGCGCCUUUUUCAACACUUGCUAGAGAAUCUGGAAAGUAAGCGCCCCCUCGAAAGUAAGCGCCCCCACCCCCGAAAAAAGUUUUUUAAAGUUGUAAAACAUAGGGUAUAUAUAAAGAUAACAAUUUAUAUAAAGAUAACAUUUCGAAUAAUGACAUGAUAAAACAUGUAGAAACAGUAAUUUUAAGGACCCAGUUUACACUAUACCGCAUUUGCAACGCCGUUGGAGCGACUUCUGCACGUGUUUUCUCCUAUAACCAUUUAUAUAGAACGUUUUUAUUUCUGUUACGGUAUAUUAUCAUAAUUCUCCGUGCUAAACUACGGCCGUAAUGGCCGAUGCUGAAAAUAACAACUCGAAAGUAGGCCCCUUCGAAAGUAAGCGCCCCCUCAAAAGUAAGCGGCCCUUGAUGCCACUAAUUUCGAAAGUAAGCAGGGCGCUUACUUUCGAGACUUUACGGUAUAUAAUAAACUAAACACUGUUCCAGAACGCCGUGUGCACUCCAUUUUAUGUCGUUCCAGAACAGUGUUCCAAAUGUUCUAGAACAGUAAAUGGAGCAGCCUCCAGGUAAAUCCAGGGGAGGAAAAAAUAGCGAGCACUGCUCGCAGGAAAUGUUAAACAGCUGCAGGAAAUUCGUUUGAAUGAAGAUUUGCUAUUGAAAAUUUGAAGGAAACCUUAACAGCCAUGCCAUGUCCCACUAUGAUGGGCGCAACAACAUAUGGUUGACAGACAUUAUUCCUUGAAUUUAAAACCAUGGUCAGUUAGAAACACUAUAUGUUUAUAGUGCGCAUGCAGAUUUAGCACAAAAAUACUCCGUUGGUCUGCAGGGAAUGUUUGUCUCCAGGUUGUGCUUCCAGGAAGAAAAUACUUUUUUCCUGCCCUGGGUAAAAGGCCCUAUAUGAUUGGGUAAAUCAAAUAUGGCGGUCAUUAGAGUGAUCCAGUGAACUUUAGUAAGACUGGAACGAUAACUGAAGGUAAACAUGCCAAUACUUGUUUGAAGCCAAGAUGAAGCAAACCGCGCGAGGAAAUUUCACUUUUAAAAGGACUGAGGAGAGUUUCGAGGAGUGGAAAAUUCAGUGAAAGUUUAUUUUCGAUGAAAAUGAGCAAGGAAAGUCGUUUUCCAUCAAAAAACUUCAAUUUUAAAAACCCAAAUACAAGUCUUAUUAGAGUUCACUGGAGUGAUCUCAUGUACUAUAGGUAUAAAACACGCGUGUGAUUCGCGUGGGCUUCGCGGGAGCUGAGAAAUUACUAAGGUUUUCAGAUCAAUGUUUAUCAAUUUUUGCACAUAAAUGCUCAUUUUAACGGUAAAUGCCCUACUUAAAAGCUAAAAACUAAAUGAAAAGUGAGAUUGAUCCAACUGCAGUCCAUAUUGUUCUGUGUUUUGUUCAAACCCCGUAGAUAGUCCAGAAAAAACGUUUGCUGGUGUUUCUCUUCGGAUUUUUUCUGAACUUCAUUUUCAUCACUCGUCAGAUUACUUUGCUUGUUAUGAUGAAGUCGAUCUCUAAACUUGUUUUGAAAGACCACUUGCUCUAGUUUCUAAUCUUAGGCACAAAACUUAGGGUCACGGUAAAGCCGGAUUUAAAAAGUAGUCGGCCGAAAAAUUAUUAAAUUUCUACACGAAAUGAUGCCGAAUUUUCGUACAGAAUUCACUGAAUUUCCUCGUAGGUGCCUAGGGUAUGCCUACAAGACGGGCUUCAGUUUCUGCCAUCUAUUGUUCAGGUUUUUGCAGAGUACUAGUUCACUGUCCAGAAAAAUAAACCAGAGCAGAGGCCGCUUCAAAAAUUAACCAAUCAGAAUCGUGUAUUUGAGACUAUUUAACUACAAAACGGUCAAAGUUAAUUAAAAAGUAGUUACGCUUUUAUACAAUCGACCCCUGAUCAAAUAUGACCAGAUUCCUGGUUAACUUAACCUGGGGUAUUCAAUUAACGCAAAUAAUUUUACUUCUAAGUGAAACAGGAAAUGAGAGUGUUUUUAGUUGGUCUUUUAUAAUUAUUAAUAUGGCAAGGAGAUGCAAAUAAAUCACCACAUGCAGCUAGACAGCAUGCACACUGAAUUUGAGUAAAAUUGCAAAGUUUGGUUGCGAAAAUUGCUACUAUUUUUGCCCAAAUGUGGUAGCAAUUUCCGCACCCAAUACAAAAGUAUACAAAAUUUGCGAAUUUGCAAGGCUAUAAUUUCCGCAUUUUACAACAUUUCGCAACCAAACUUUGCAAUUUUACUCAUUUUAAUAUGCUCUUUCCGGGAAUAUACCUUUUUGCCAAGAUAAAAAAUUAGUCUAUAAUGGGAAUUGUCUAUAUAUACUGAGGUCAAAACUUUUUGAGACUGUUAUCAUUUUCUAUUUUUUCGAUAACAGGAACUGUUUAACGGUUUCUUUAAAGUCUCUCUUUCGAUAAAGUAAUAUUAAAGGAUUCAGCAGAGAAUUGAUGUUCAGAAAAACAUGACAGAAUGGACUGAUGCGUGUGUGUAUAAAAUAGAGCUUGCUUCGUACAAUUAAAUGCAAUACGAGCGAAAUUAAGGUCGGAAGAAAACAAAGCAUGCUACUCCCAACAACCAAAUGGCAUGUUUUUGCAUUUCGCAUCAUUUUUGCGAAGUUCGAAGACGUGUUCAUCGCGUUUAUUUGUCGUCUGUGUCGUUUUGUAAGCCGGUUAAUCCAGAACCAAGUGCCCGUGAUAAGUGAUAAACAAGCUAUAAUUACAAUGCUGACGAUCGCGGUUUUUAUCUUGCUUUCUGGGACCAAACUUUGCGUGCAGAUGUUCAGCCAACUUGCUAUAGACGACAGAGCGAAGAUGACUUUCAAACGUGUUUUUGUGACAAUUUCCAUGUGGCGAAAGGGAAAAGCCAAACUGAUGAAUCGUUCGACGCUUAUUAAUGCGAUUGUCGUUAAAGAAACGCCAAAGCCAAAAUUAAUAAUGAGCCGACACGAUGCCCACAAGAAGCAACGGAAGGUUAUGUAAUUCUCAGCAAAACUUCUCACGAUAAACACAGGUUGCACGGUCGCACAAACAGCAAGAUCCGUGACAGCUAGGAUCAUAAGUGGAAAGUUGGACAACGUCUGAAGUUGCCUGUUCUUUCUGUACGCAAUUAAAACAAGCGUGUUCAGCGCGCAGCCAGAUACGAAUGUAAAAAUGGUUAUCACAGAUACGAUGAUAUUGAUAACAAAAUGAGCCCCUUCGGCUGGUCGCUCAAGGCGAAUAAUAAAAUGUAAACAUGUGCAGUCGCAAGAGUGUUCGUUGACCAUGGAUGAAGACGAUGUUAAAUUUUUAUUCAUAGUUUAACUCUGAUAACGUACAGGAUUUAAUUUGGUUUUUGAGACCUUACCGUAUCUGACAAGUGAAUGCGAUUUUUAAUAUUGACAAAAAUUAUAACGACUCGUUAAUUUUCAAUAUUCUCUGAAAUUAAAAAGCGAUCUCUAUGUGCAUUAUAAUAUAUAAUUGAACACUGACAGACUUCUUUAUUUUCAUUUAAUAAAUCACGCAAAUCCUUUGUGGCCAAAAUUGGGUGACGGCACGUGCGAUUUCGUAAAGGUAUAAUGACCCUCAAAAAUGCUGGAGAAAUGACAUCGGGGUGAGAGUGAAAGCCCUCAGAGUUAUGGACGUUGAAUCCUAUGUCCGAGCCGGACUUGCCCGCUGUGAAGUGAUCGAGAGACGCCAAGAUCAGGACGAGGAUAAGGACACCCACCGUUAUAUACUUUACUCGAAGUGAAGUGCCACCGUCAAUCUAUAAUAAAAUAUUUAUUGAAUUCGGUUUUUGUGAUAUCCCGAAUUAUCAAGGUCUCGGUAAGUGUUAUCAAUUUCGCCUCCGGCUCGACUGAUAUUACUUACCUCGCGGUUUUGAUAAUUCUGGAUGUCACAGAAACCUCAUCCACUAACUGUUUAAUGUUCAAUAUUAAACAGCUGCUAAAUAUUAUAAUACCGCACAAAGGAACUGUUUUUAAUUUGAGAAUAUUAAAAACGGUUCUCUUUUUAUUGCAUGUGAAUAUUAAAAUUUGUAUUCAUUUGUGUUUUAAUUACGUUUUCACUGCAUGAUCUUAAUUUAAAAACCGAACGCCAACAUUCGAGACGCGAAAUGAAAUGAAACGAUAAACACUUAUUUUAUGUCAAAUUGCGCGCGAAAAGCAAUAUCCCCCUCCGGAGUAUGUGCUAAUUACAUUUCCUCCUCUCUGUUAUAGGGGCUUUCAAAUUAUACGACCUAGACAAUGAUGGUUUUAUAACUAGAGGCGAAAUGCUCAACAUUGUGGAAUCAAUAUACAAAAUGGUGGUAUGUUGCUAUAAAACAACCUUGACGGCUUUGUUGGCGCCGUCGUGAGAUGAGUGCCGUUCACCUCUGAGAUUGUGCAUGGUUCGAUCCUCGCAUUCGCCCGCGUGCAGGCCCACCGAGGGUUCCCUCUGUGGGCAUGCACGCGGGCUAUCCUCACGUCGGACUAGUAAUUAACAAUUAGUCACCGAAGGCGAGAUGGUUACAAACCUAUUUUCACUGGGUCAAAAAGAAGUAAGAAUCCAAAAAUACGUCAAAAAUACGUCAACGAUUGGCCCAAUAGUUCGUGAGAUAUGGCAAAAUAUUGAAAAAACUUAUUUUUGCAAAACUUCACUUUCGCUUGUGACCACCGAGCCUGAGGCAUAGAUAUCUUAUAUACACUAGAUAGUGCAUCUAAUUAUUCUGAAGUUCAAAAAUUGAAGCCGUGAUUGCAGUCUCAGGUCGUUCCCAUGAAAUUAGAAGAUUCGUAUGUUUUCUAUUUCUUAAACAGGGAACUUAAACAUUAAGUUAACCCUAUUCCAAAUUCGUUUUUAAAAUAUUCAAAUGAUGAAAAUUAUUGUUGUUUUUAAGCGUUUAUUAGCAAGUGGGAACGACCAACAUGGCCGCCAUCUAUUCAAAUGGGGGUAACCGCUGGAAUAUUGUUGCCUUCAAUUUUACUAAAAGAGAUGCGCUAUCUAGUGUAUAUAAGAUAUCUAUGACCUGAGGUGGCUAUAAUCGUUUUAGUAUAAAUGCAGUAUUGAAAAAUAAUAAUAUAUACAAACGUUGUAAAUAUAAUUUACUUCGCAAUUCCGCUUUUGAGUCAAACGAAUCCAGUUGUCGGAAGUUAUAGUCGCCGGAUUCUGUUAUUUUCCGGUUUUAAAUUGCCAAAUAAAUUGUUUUGGCCGUCUAAAAGGUGCUUUUGUCUUUCCAAAAUAGGCUAACACUAUGUAUAUUGCUUGUUUUGCUUUUAGAGGAAUAGUACAUAUGUGCCUUAAUUUCUUCAAUCUUUUCUUCGAUGAUUUGUUUGCAAGUGGAUUUUCGGUAGCCAUUUUGUUUUGAAAGUAAUAGUUACUGCUCAGAGCAGUCUGAGCAGUAACUAUUGCCUCAGAGUUACUGCUGAGGGGACCAAUUGACCAUUUGCGUAAUAAACUAAAUUUUGAUCUAGACAAGUCUAGACAAAAAUUUCAUCACAGCUUGAAAAAGCAUCACAAAAUUAGUAAUAUUCCAAAGUUUCGUUGCGAAAUGUUGUAAAAUGCGGAAAAUAUAGCAUUGCGAAGUUUGCAAUUUUCAGUCAUUUUAGAUUACAAACGGGAAAUUUACAGCCUCGACAGGUUUGGGGCUGUCAAUUUCCCGUUUGUAAUCUAAAAUGACUGAAAAUUGCAGACUUCGCAAGGCUAUAUUAUCCGCAUUUUACAACAUUUCGCAACGAAACUUUGGAAUGUUACUAAUUUUGUGAUACUCUUUCAAGCUGUGAUGAAAUUUUUGUUGAGAUCAAAAUUUAGUCUUUUACGCAAAUGGUCAAUUAGAACGCUUGAAAUUAAAGCCAUUUUUCAAUACUGAAUUUAUACUAAUAACACUUAUGUGAAAAGAGUUAUGGUCUCUACCGAAAGUAGUGGAUUUUCUCCGGGUACUCCGAUUUCCUCCCACAGGGAAGUUGACAGGGUGGGUUGGGAUUAUCCCCGUAACUGACCCUUCCACCGUAGCUGCAUGUGCUCCGUGAUCAGACAUGAGUCAUAAGCCAGAGGCGCCCUUAUAUAUAGUAAGCCUCAGGAUGUGAUAAUUCGCAUAUUUACGUACCGGAGGUAGCUAAUAUUACGGCCUGGUAUACUUUUGUUUUGUCAGCUACGCACCACGUAGGUACGCCAUGCUGUUCCCAUUUGCGUACUUAACUAACUUUUAAUUUUGCUUGUACCACUUGAUCUGUCCAGUGUCCAAGCCCAAGUUAUUCAAGACCAUUACUUAUUCGGAAUAUGUGCAAGUCUAUAGCGUGGCUGGGAAUUAUUGUAAACUCAUGAUUGCAAUGAUAUGAUGAGAUGGGACUAAGGAAUGUUAGAGUCGAUCCUAGGACAUCCUAGUGUUUGUGUAUCCAAUUGUGCUCCUUAAUCUAUAACACUAUAUACUAGUUUCAUGUUAUUGGAGGAAUCCCUUUCAGAAACCUGUACAUUAUGUACUUCAAUCUAAGACUAAGUACACCUUGAGUCUCAGUUAAGUUUGUGCCAGCUCCAGUACGCAGCAAUAAUCAUUUCAAUUAUCGCACCCUGAGCUUUCGACUGGAUCGGAUUGAGCUGCGUCCUUCCAAGGUUUCUGCCGCCAUAUUGCAGGGGGUGCAAAUACAUUGGGGCGAGCGCGCGGCCACCAAUGGCGCCCAUACUAUUUCCUAUUGAGUGAGUGAAAAUUAUCUUUUGACAUUUUGUCCUUUUUCUCAAAAAAUUUCUAUGCAAGCAUAUCCAAUUUUUAUUUUUGGAUAAUCGCUGGGUUUUUUCUGAUAUGUGGCUGAGAUUUCGUACUAAUCGAAGGACAGGAAGUAAUAAAAAAACGGCGGCUUUUGUUGCACAACUUGACUGACGUUUGAGCGAUGAUUCUUGUUAUUUCGUUGUUUAACCGAUCUUUGGAAUAAUAUUUGUCCAUUAAGUGUGUGAGUCCUUUGGUGUCCGCCAUUAUUACUGUUUAUAUUUGUAUAUUUGUACAAAAAUCAUCGCUCAAACGUCGGUCAAGUUGUACAACAAAAGCCGCCGUUUUUUAUUACUUCUUGUCCUUCGAUUAGCAAGAAAUCUCGGCCACAUAUCAGAAAAAACCCAGCGAUUAUCCAAAAUUAAAAAUUGGAUAUGCUUGUAUAGAAAUUUUUGGAGAAAAAGGACAAAAUGUCAAAAGGUAAUUUUCACUCACUCAAUAGGAAAUAGUAUGGGCGCCAUUGGUGGUAGCCUGUGUACAGCCGUAAGUAGAGUCGGUGAAUCGGUGCAAGGAUAUUCGCCUCAACUAAAUCGUCAUUCUGGACGUAUUCACGCACUGAUAUAUCAUUUUGUUAUUUUCAGUCUAACAUGGUGUCGCUUCCCGAAGAGGAAAACACGCCAGAAAAACGUGUAAAUAAAAUAUUUAAUUUAAUGGACAAGGUAGGCCUAACAUUGCUACAAUUUGGGCUAAUUUGGUAGAUUUUGCCAGCUACUGUACUUUUAAAAAAGCAUUUGGCUGUGGCAUUCAAAGCCAGGGAAAAAAUAAUUUGGUUUCCACGAAAGGAUUUUCAAUUUUGGUUGGCAGAACUUUUUGAGCUGCUAACAGUGCAGGCAUGGGGAAUGUCAAAAAACUUGACCGAUGUUAAGGUGGCUCCCUAGGGUUUUUUAAUUUACUACACUAUAGUAUUCAGGAGACUCCUGUUUCUUUACUUUACAUGACAUGAAAACGAAAUCUAUUGGACACAUUGACAAUGUUCUCCUGAACAUUGCAAAUUGCUACUUUUGUGUUAAAAAUAUGUUGUCAUUGCAACAGCAUGCUUAGAAUAAAGCUCAAAAUUUGUCUUUUUCAGGUCAUUUUAAAAAGUUCCUUCGGCGAAAUUUUUUAAAACUUUGCAUAAAAGAUAAUAUUUGUAUAAUGAUUUUUUUCCCUCAAUUUAAAAAAAUUAAAUCGAUACGUUUCUUAGAAAAUUUAAAAAAACGUCAAGAAUCAAUAUUAAAAAUUUUCCCUUCGAUUUAAUUUUAAGAAAAAAAGAUAUGGCGCUUCUCACUAGAGUGCCGAACGCAUUGAAAACAAUAGAUAAUCAGCUGAAAUGCCUCAUUAUCUACUGUUUCUAAUGCAUUCGGCACAUGAGAAGCGCCAGGGCCUAUUCUAAGGAAAUUUCAAUACUGCACACUUCAGAGUAGGCGUCAUCAAUGACGUCAUCCUGUGACGAGGGGGGGGCGUGGGUUAACCACCCCCAAUACCCCUUCGCUACGGCCCUGAAGUCAUCGUUGAAUUGUUAUGUAGAACAUAAUGACAACAUACACGGUGUCCUCAUGAUCAAAAAAGUGAACUCCUUCAAAUUCAAAUCAUCCAUUAUCUAUUGUAGUAAUUCGCUGAUGCAACACAAAUGAUCCUCAAUGAAUAGAGCUGUCAAAUUACCACAAUAAAUUACGGUUAAUUUGAACUUGAAAGGCCGGUAUACUCUUUUUGAGACACACUGUAGAAUGACAACGUGACUUUUUCCUUGGACAUAGUCGAUGAGCAUGCAUGUAUUGUUGUAAAAUACUAAAUAUUUGAAUUAUUACCGGAACUUGGCCUAUAUUUGGCCAUCUUUGUUUGUGCCUUCACUCAUUUUGUUGGAAAGGCAUUUUGGAAUUCUCAACUUUUAUAUUUCAUCUACUUUGCUCCUUCAGCACAUAUACAAAGUUGAAAUUUAUUUCAAACUUCAAUACUCCACACUUUUGCAUUCAAUACUGCACACUUUUUAUCCCGCAAUACUGCACAAAGUGUGCAAUACUGCACACUAAAAUAGGCCCUGAGAAGCGCGACGUUUGAAACAGGCCUCAAUAAACAUACUCAAUGUAGCUCAGUUGGUUAGAGCGCUGCACCAGAAUCGCAGGGCCGCAGGUUCGCCGGAUUCCUGCCAGUGACAUAAAUAGAGAUUACUUAGUCAUGGUUGGUGAGCGCGUACGAUUUUUAUUCACGAGUGGAUUAUUACAAGUGAACGAGUGAGUGCAGCGAACGAGUGAGCUUGUAAUAAUUCACGAGUGAAUAAAAAUCGUAUUUGCGAACCAACCAUGAUGUGAUUUGUUUAUUAUAUAAAUACUGAGAUUUCAUUCACGAUGACAAAGUUUUAAUGUUAUUAAAACGUUAUUAAAGUUUUAAUAUUAGUUUUCAAAGUUUUUAAUGUCUUCUUAAAUGCUAAAUCGUUGAUAAUGCUUGCAACCGGGCAGUUUUUUUCUUAAGAUGUCGCUUGAAGAUUGCUAAUGGACUUCGGAGAAAAGAUGGCUCGUAUAUUUUUCCCGUCUUUGGUUCUGACCGAAUUGAUAAACUCAGACACGUACUCGUUCAGUUAUGCUGUCAGAAUAUCUUCCAUUUUUCUUUCUUCAUUCUUGGUUUCCAAAACAUGUGUAAUACAGUAAUAGUUUUACAUCUCGUUCUAUAACAAACGUACUUGGAGGGAGGUGAGUCCGGGAUUGGACGCACCGAGGGUGGCUGGAAGUUUCCCGAACUUACCGAGCGAAGCGAGGUGAGUUCGGGAAACUUCCAGCCACCCGAGGUGCGUCCAAUCCCGGACUCACCGAACAUGCAAGUACGUUUGGUUUUUAUCCCAUACACCGAGGCUGACCGAGCCAUACACACAUUUGUAGCUCUUCGCGAUAUAUUCGUCGAUGUUUUGUGAACAUUUUCCCGGCCAAAAAAAUCACUGGGCAAGAAAAUACUUCUUUAUCUACGUCUAAAUUACCUUUACUGCAUUUUUUCUUUGGUUUUUCUUCAGUCUCAGUAUGUUAGUCACCGAAAAAAGUUCUUUAAAGUUUAGGUUUAUCGGCUAAAUCUUGUCCGCCAUAUUUGUUAUUGUUAUUGCAACGUAAGCAGUUUAGCGGGUGAGUUCGGGCGAAAAGCAGGUGAGCUCGGCAAAAAGCAGGUGAGCUCGACGACAAGCUCACCUGCUCUAAACCAAUCAGAAAGCCGCUUUUAACACAGGUAUGGGAUAAGGUUUUUUGUGAGGUAUACUAGCUUUAUUUUCUUGUCCUGAAAUGAAAUUGUCAACAGAAACGGCGUCCGUAAAUCACGCAGCCAUUAUGAUUUUCAAAUUGAAAUAGGUUUCGCGCCAAAAAGUUCGUGGUGGAAAACAAACGUAUUUUUCAGUACGAUCAUUUUUCACUAGUGAAAAAACAUCAUUCGUCCAAUCAGACGGCGCGAACGAUGUUGUUUCACUAGUGAAAUUUCAUCGUUCGCGUCGCUGAUUGGCUAUGGCAAAAUUCCUUACGAUUAUUACGCAAUGUCAUUUUAAUGAAUAAAUCUCAGUACUUAUAUAAUAAAGUUGCAUUUUUCGCAACCGUUCUUGGUUAUGUCUAAUAAAUGUAUAUCAAUUUCCACUCUAUAAUUCCCAUCUACAAGAUCCCAAGAAAGCCUGGAAUUAUUUCCACGAGUUUGCCUUUUUCAAACACAACACUCAACAGUUUGACUAAUCGGCAUAUUUCACAUUUUCAGAAUAAAGAUGAUAGACUUUCUAUGGAAGAAUUCCGAGAGGGUUCGAAGUCAGAUCCUACGAUUGUCCAAGCACUUUCACUGUACGAUGGAUUGGUUUGACCUGUCCAGAUCUUAUAGGAACCUGCAGAAUUGAUCAAAGCUACUGUACGAUUAUACGAAUGCAGGAUUUCUCAUUUGCUCACUGAAAAAAACCCUGAGUAUUUUGAAUGAAAAGUAUGAGUGAAAUAUGAACCAAAUUGACUCAAACUGGCAUUGAAUAAAAUUUCGAAAAGUUGUGAGUUUUAAUUUAGAUUUAUUUAAUUUUAGAGUUAAUUUUUUCGAAAGAAAUGAGUAGAUUUGAAACUAAAAAAAAUUGGGUAAAUUUGAAACUUUUCAGUCUCAAAAAAUUGAGUAAGUUUGCUUAGAAAUAUGAGUAAUUUUAUUGUUUUGAGUCACCGCAUGUAGAAAAUAAGUUUUUAACAGAGGUUUUAGAUCGUAUACGCCAAAGAGAAAAUGAUGUGUGCCUGAAGUUCAGUAAGUUUUGCUUAUUUACAUGGCGCCACUAUUAAAGUAUCAUCGAUAAUUGUAUUUUAAUUGACAAUUAAAUUUUUCCUAAUAUUUUACGUUUCUCAACGGGCAAAUGCAUCUAAAAAGGUAGCUAACUGCAUAAACUAUAGAAUAAAGCUAAUUCAUUAGGAAAAUACAAAAGUUCAUAUAUAACACCAUUCGCUGGCGAAGGAUUCCUGUCUUAGAGUGUCUUCCUAGCUAAUUACUCAUAUUUUUAAGUAAAAAUACUCGGGGGGUUUUGCAGUGUAACGACUCGUCUAUGACGAAGUGUUAACUCGCAAAUCAAAUAUGAAACCGCUGGACAAUGUGAGAAACAUUGCUGUCGCGCGGGGAAAUGCGUUUGUUUCUCGGACGUGCGCAAAACGGAAAACAUCGUUUUCUCACUAGAUUUCAUGCUUGCGAGAAACGAAAAAUGUUUACGAAAUUUUGAAGCAAGAUUUAUUUCUGCAACUGUAUGGAAACAUCGUAAUUCUGAAACACUUCAGUAACAAUUCGUUCUACAGUUUACCGGGCCUGACGUAGCUAUUCUUAGCCUAGGAGUAUAUUUCAGACUUUGUGGUACUACAGCACCACACUCUCAAAACACACCUUGUUAACUUACAGUGGCGUAGCCUGGGUCCAAACUUUGGGGUGGUGGGAUGCAACAUUUUGAUGACAUUUCGAUCGAUGAAAAUUUUCGGAUGAAAUUUUGAAUUUCCAGAUUCAUUAGAACGCUAUUUCACGUAUUUUAGGACGAGAUUUGAAAAAAGCCACAACCACAAUUAAAAAGCUAUUUUUGGCUCCUAACAUUGUUAGAUCGAAAAAGAGCAAAAUAGCACGAUAUCUUCGUUUUUGUAAUCAGAAGAAGCCAUAGAUAUCUUAUAUACACUAGAUAGCGCAUCUCUUUUAGUAAAAUUGAAGCCAAGAAUAAUCCAGCGGUUACCCGAAUUUGAAUAGAUGGCGGCCAUGUUGGUCGUUCCCACUUG